GCAGCAACACCCCAAAACUACAAAGUGCAUCCGCGUCAAGUCCUCUAAGCGACGCUGCGCACUCACCACAAACCCCGGUUUGCCGCAUCGCCACUCACCAAGUGACUCGCCCCCAGCUGUGACGCGCUUCCCACACUCCUUUUGUUCGACGCGUUUCGACCGACAAACCAACACCUGCAAACGCCUUUCUUACACCCUUAAUCGCAUACCAUGGCUGCCGCAGCACACACGAUACCAGGUUUCGAGUUCUCAACCGCCGACGACGACGACAACAACAACAUGGAUCUGCAUUCUGAUGAUGGCGGCAUCGACUUCGACGAUGGUGACAUCGACUUAGAUCUCGACCCUCCGCCUUCCCAGGCCCAGGACGAAGAGAUGUCCAUGAAUGAUGCAGCCUCGGUCAACGACAUGGGUUCUCAAACCGUACCUGGCGAGCAGGACGAUUUCAUGGUCGACCAAGAAGACGUGAUUGAGGAAGAGUAUAGCUUCCAGGAAGAUCAAGGCGUCACAGUCGUUGACCAGCCUGUCGCACCGCCCAUACAGUCACCGCAACCUGCCGCAGUCGACCUUCCUCCGAUCCAGACCAAUACAUCGCAUCAAGAUGACGACCUAAUUGACUAUUCCGAGGAGGAGGGCGAUGACUACCACAACCCCGAGCUACGUUCACCGUGGCUGCGAACCGAAAGCUACGCAAGCUAUUACUCGGACGCGCAGGCGGCACAUGAUGAACUGCCCGAGGAGAUGACUGAACAGCAAGAUGAGAUACCCGCUGACUUGCAAGCUCUACUUCCCACGCCUGCAGAUAACAAGUCGCCCAGUCCGCAUCGAGAGCCUCAGCCCGCAGCUGAUCACAGCCCGACGCGCACAGCGGCGCAUGAAGCUGCACCCUCGCCCCGCCCGCAUUCGGUCGACGACAACGAAGAAGACAGUCAGAAUGAAGAGGGUGACGGCGGUGUCAUGUUGCCAGGCCCGGAAGAACAUGCAGAUGGUGAAACCCAAGAUCAAGAUUCGACACACCACGGCUAUGAUCAAGAAGCUACUGCUGAUGACAGUGAGCAUCAUGACAGUGACUCAUUUGAAUUUCCAUCUGUCACCGUGAAUUUCCAUGGCGAAGAAUUUUGGCUUUUCAAGCAGCAUGAUUACGACAACAGUGGAGACUGGCUCAUUCAGGACAUCUCGCUCGCGAAGGCCAGUUUGUCAGACCUCUUUCAAGCAUGCCGUAUGUCACUGUGUGAGGAUGUGUCAAGCGAGACAGAGAUCGGCUUCAAAUUCGAGCACUUGCAGAAUCUGGAAAUCUUCGAAGACAACACGGCAUGUGUAGCUGUUUCGCUUGAGCGUCUUGUGGGAUAUUACCGUUCGCUUCAUGCACAAGAUGGCAACAACAACCCAGACUCCUUCUAUAUUUCUUUGAUGUUUCGACCACGCUUCGCUACUCUGCUCUCAGACAUCGCGAAAUAUGCCGACCAAGGAAGCGGCUACUCCGCUUUUGAGGCUGCCGUCAUCGCUGGUGAGACACAUUUCGCCGGCAUGAUUGCUGGAGCUUCGAGUGAUGAGCCCACUGAGUGGGACACCCGGGAGCAGGACCAAGAGUAUGGCGAACAGCAAGGAGAAACAAUCGAUCCUGUUGAGGAGCUAGAGUCUGCGAAUGCUGAAGCACAGGCACCAGAACAUGACGGCGAGGGCGAUCACAACGAAGGAGAAGAUGAGCAAGAGGCUCACGACGGUGAGGAUAACCACAACGAAGCAGAAGAUGAGCAGGAGGCACAUGACGGCGAGAGAGUGGAUAUGCAGGAGGUGGAGCACACAUCGGCCGAUCAUGCUUCUUACAAUGAGCUCGAUCAAAACGAAGAACCCACUGGGCAGAAUGCUCAAGAGGGUGAUGGUGUGGAGGGUCUAGAGCGCGAGGACGUUGAGGUUGUACAUUUGCCAGAAAAGGGGCAAGCACCGGCCCCUGAAGAAAGCCACAGUGUGCAAGCUGCUAAUCCUAGUGACGUAUCCGCCAACCCCCAGGAAGUUGUAGAGCAACCUCAGCAAGAGAGUCCCAAGCCGAGUCAGAAGACCGACGCCGAGUCGGAGGCCCUUCGCUUGCAGGAGCAAGAUGACUUGAUUGACUACAGUGACGAUGAGGACGAGCCUGCUGUGGAUGUCAAGGAAGCUGAAGAUGCUUCCGCUAGUGACCCCUCGCCCUCGUCAGCGACGCUCCAAGACGAUGAAUCGACCAUUGCAGAUGGACAUGGCUCCACUGUAGGCUCGACCAGCCACAAUGAGGAUGCCGCCGAGAACGCUGAGGAAGCUGGCGAAGACCCUCAUGGCGAAGCAGUACAUGAUCAGACUGAAGCCAACGACGACAAUGAGCAGUCGUACCAGGACUUCGUGCAGGUCUUUGACGAAGAAGACCCCUUCCAGGACUUUCAAGCGGAUGGAACAGAUGACUAUGGUGCAGACGCAUACGACGGCGACACUAACCAAGACUUCGCCAACCAAGAGUACCAGGAUCUGGACCCACAGCCAGAUCUGGACUUUAUGAACGGAGACGAGUUUAAUGUUGCUGGCGCCGAUGUGACGGAUGGCAACGAUUUGAACGGGAAGCCGGCCAUUGCACAUGGAUACGCCGACGCUCAAGACGGAGAGGACGGUGUGGCUGGACAGACUGCGAACGCAACGUCUUCGGCUGCAGAUCCUACAACGGCCUCGUCUAACGAUGCCAAUGAUGUGUCCCCACAAGGACAAAAGCGAUCCAUCGACGAGGCUGGGCAUGGAGCGGAUAUUGCAUCUGACUCUAUAGGUAAGAUGAUGCCCCUUGCACGUAAGCACUCAUGCGCUGACUAUUUUGCACCAGACGCGAAGCGCCCCAGAGUAUGAAGGCCCACCGUCCUCCGAGUCUACGGGGUUUUCGACUCUACUAACAAGCAGCUUCACUUUCGCCCUUUCUUCGACCCAUUACGCUCUUGAACUAAUAUGAUGUAUACUAAUAACAGGUC